UGAGUUUCAUCCAAUCAAAUCUCUCGACUGGCGAUACGCUCGGGACGCGUCGCGUUUCGGUCGCUGUAGCUACGCGCUAGGCCAGACGAGCAGUAUGGCGGAAGAAGAGAGUGAAUUUGAGUUGGAAGAUUUUAAAAAAGAAUUGAAGAGUUUAUUUGUCAGUAGUUCAAGUGAAGAAUACGGACUUCAAAGCAAGUUAUAUUGUGUACGGUUCUGUAAGUUGGUGGAGGUGUAUUCAGGACGAUGGCAGGUACCCUUGCCACAGCUGCAGGUGCUCCAGACUGCUCUAUGUUCCUUUGUCCAAGCCUCGGCCUGCUUCCCGUCUGACUGUGAACAUGUAUGCUACACACUGAGUAGCCUUGCCCUGAGUGCUUUUGAGCUCUUGCUGUUUUUGAACAGAAAUAAGAUCCUGCAGGAUCCCUUGAAAAAAAAAAUCCUUGAUUCGUUCCAGGAAUGUUUUUCCCAGCUGGAGAGACACCAGAACAUCCACCUGCUGCAGGUGGGACAGAUCAUCAGAGAGAAGGGACCGUGGACCAACCCCAUACUACAGGCCAUCCUGAAGGACUCACAACUGCCCCGGGAUGAAGUGGACCGCUACCUAGGCUCAGAGGUGCCAGUGUUCUUUGAGCUGCGUGUUCGUUACCUGCUGUCCAGUGAGAUGUUCACCGAGGCGGUGGUCUUGGCUAAGACCUGCUCUCAGCAUCCCGUUGCCGGGCGACACCUGUUCUUCCGACAGGCCUACCUCACCUGCCUGUUGAAGGCAUCGCUCCCUCGCCAUAUGCACGAAGAGAUGUCUGACAUCGACGGUAAAGACGCUGUGGAUAUCGUGUGUAACACAGAGAGUGAGGAGAGUGACGAGACGCUCCUGGCCCUCUGCACAGCCUUCCUCUCUCAGCAGCUACACCGGGGAGACCUGUACUGCAUGUGGUGAGCCUCGUCUAUACACAUCAUACUGGUCUGUGUUCUAUAGGGGAGACCUGUACUGCAUGUGGUGAGCCUCGUCACUGUCUAUACACAUCAUACUGGUCUGUGUUCUAUAGGGGGGAGACCUGUACUGCAUGUGGUGAGCCUCGUCACUGUCUAUACACAUCAUACUGGUCUGUGUUCUACAGGGGGGAGACCUGAACUGCAUGUGGUGAGCCUUGUCACUGUCUAUACACAUCAUACCGGUCUGUGUUCUACAGGGGGGACGUGUGUAUGGUACCGGUCUGUGUUCUAUAGGGGAGACCUGUACUGCA